UUAAGGUGGAACCAAAGAAUUGCGGUUAGCCUUCUUUACUGCCUAAAUUGAGACGUGUUAGCAUGGAACGUGACUUUCCCUCGCCUAUAGAGCUUGUUGUUGAUGUAAGAAAAAGUACAAGGCACGUACAGUUACCUAACUGACAGGUGUCCUGGUCUGAAUAUGCUGACCAUGACUCUGAAGCUGCUGACUGUAGAUCCUCUCAGCUUGUAUGUUUCUUCCUGGUGUAGUAUCAGAGCCAAGCAGUCAAGGCAGAGGCUUCAGUGUGUCAGAGAGAGGGUGAAGAGGAGGAAAAAGCACAGAAGAAGACUAUCUGAACGGAGCUGAGUGUGUGUGUGUAUGUUUCGCCAUUGGACAGCCGGGUUGAAGGGGCACGAGGAGAAGAGGGGAGAAGAGUAGGAGGAGGAGGAGAGGAAGAAGAGGGGAGCCUGCCUGGAUGCAAUUCUCUGUGUCAUGUCACUACGUGUGGACCUUGACUGAUCACAAGGUGAGGAAAAGGGAGAGGGACACUGAGAGGAAAACGUGGAGGAGAGAAAGAGAGAGAGAGAGGAGAAACAGAAAAGACUUUGGUUUUACUGAGAAAAGAAGAAGAAGAAGAGAAAGUCUGGUGCUCGUUUUAUCAUGACAUUGGAUAAAUGAAGCGAGGGAUUGAGCGCUCUUCAGUUGUGUGUCAACAGGAAUUUGCCUUAGAAGAAGGAGAGACAGAAAGCGAGAGAGAGCUUGGAAGAAAAGAAGGAGAGAGACUCUGGAAGAGUAAAGACUGCUUUCUUCAACCCCAGCUAAGGAGCAGGGACUGGACUUUCUGAGUGUGAGAGAGUGAGUGAGUGUGUGAGUGUGAGUGUGUGGGUUUGUGUGUGUGUGUGGCUGUGUAACCGGUGGAGGGCAGAGGAGUGGAGGGCCAGGGGACUAACCUGGCCAUCAAACGGACUGGCAGCCUCUCCUCUCCUGGGAUCAUGUACCCUCAGGGCAGGCAUCCGGUCCCCUUGCAGCCUGGCCAGUCUUUCAAGUUCACAGUCCUGGAAACUCUGGACCGUAUCAAGGAGGAAUUCCAGUUCCUCCAGGCGCAGUAUCACAGCCUGAAGCUGGAGUGUGAGAAGCUGGCCAGUGAGAAGACUGAGAUGCAGAGGCACUACAUCAUGUACUAUGAGAUGUCCUAUGGUCUUAACAUUGAGAUGCACAAGCAGGCGGAGAUUGUCAAGCGUCUCAGUGCCAUCUGUGCUCAGAUCAUCCCUUUCCUCUCUCAAGAGCACCAGCAACAGGUGGUCCAAGCAGUGGAGAGGGCCAAGCAGGUCACCAUGGCUGAACUCAAUGCCAUUAUUGGGCAGCAGCAGCUCCAGCACCUGUCUCACCACGCCCCUGGCAUCCCCCUGACGCCACACCCAUCAGGCCUGUCUCUGGGUGCGGGGAGCUCAGGGCUUCUGGCGCUGACUGGGGCCUUGGGGGUCUCUGCUCACCUUGCCUCUAAAGACGACCGUAACCACCUUGACGCUGAACAUCUCAGAGAGGGAGCACCCAGCAGGAGUAAGUCAGUGUCGUCAACAGACAGUCAGCCCACUGAGGAGCGUCAAGGCCCGUCAGGAGGCUACUCCUCCUCGCAGGGAGGAGCAGAGGCUAAGAGGAGGCGCUGCGAUGACAAAGAGCCCCUCCCGCCACACUCAUAUGACAGUGAUGGAGACAAGAGCGAAGACAAUCUGGUUGUGGACGUCUCCAAUGAGGAGCCCAACUCUCCUGCGGGCAGCCCUCCUCACUCCCCCCAUGGGAAUGGGUUAGACCGGGCUCCUACCCUAAGGAAAGAGCUUCCAGGCUCCUCAGGCACAGGAGAGGCCCCCUCCACCCCAAACCCCUGCAGCCCCACCCCAGGAAAGGGCAAGGAUCCUGCACAGAUGGAUAAGUCCCAGUCUCCGUUGUCCAAGUCUGGCACCCCAUCCCCAUCCCACCGUGAGGCCCUUACCCCUGGAGCACCAGGAGCCCCUGGAGCUCCCGGUCCCAGCACCUCCUGCCUUCGCCUGGUCAGCAAAGCAGCGUCGGCUGCAGACCCCCUUGCUCUCCGCAGUCCCAUGUCUGUGCCCCCCGGUUCAUACCCGGCUCAUUUUGGCGUGGUGUCCCACGCAGGACUGAAUGGGGAGCUGGCCAGCCCAGGAGGUUUUGGUGGGGCUCUUACUCUUUCCCCACAAAUCAGCGCAGCAGCUAGCGCCUACUCCCGAAGCCCCAUGGUCGCAUAUGACUCUCGGUCUCACCUGAGGGCCCCAGGGCUGUCCUCCUCUCUGCCUGGAUCAUCUGGUGGCAAGCCCGCCUACUCAUUCCACGUGAGCGCGGACGGCCAGAUGCAGCCAGUGCCCUUUCCCCCCGACGCCCUGCUGGGCCCGGGAAUCCCUCGCCACGCCAGGCAGAUCCACACCCUGAACCACGGAGAGGUGGUGUGUGCCGUCACCAUCAGCACCUCCACACGCCACGUCUACACGGGAGGCAAGGGCUGCGUCAAGGUGUGGGACAUCAGCCAGCCAGGAAGCAAGAGCCCCAUGGCCCAGCUGGACUGUCUGAACAGGGAUAACUACAUUCGUUCCUGCAAAAUACUCCCCGACGGACGGACCUUGAUUGUCGGCGGGGAAGCCAGCACACUGUCAAUCUGGGAUUUGGUCACGCCCACCCCACGCAUCAAGGCGGAGCUGACGUCGUCCGCUCCCGCCUGCUACGCUCUGGCCAUCUCCCCUGACAACAAGGUCUGUUUCUCCUGCUGCAGCGACGGCAACAUCGUCGUCUGGGACCUUCACAACCAGACCCUGGUCAGGCAGUUCCAGGGCCACACAGACGGAGCGAGCUGCAUCGACAUCUCCAACGACGGCACCAAGCUGUGGACGGGAGGGCUGGACAACACGGUCCGCUGCUGGGACCUCCGAGAGGGACGCCAACUCCAGCAACAUGACUUCACCUCGCAGAUCUUCUCUCUGGGUUACUGUCCGACAGGCGAGUGGCUGGCUGUGGGAAUGGAGAGCAGCAACGUGGAAGUCCUGCACGUUUCCAAACCUGACAAGUACCAGCUGCACCUCCACGAGAGCUGCGUCCUCUCCCUCAAGUUCGCCUACUGCGGCAAGUGGUUCGUGAGCACAGGAAAAGACAAUCUGUUGAAUGCAUGGAGGACACCAUAUGGAGCUAGUAUUUUCCAGUCCAAGGAGUCCUCGUCUGUGCUGAGCUGUGACGUCUCCCCGGACGACAAGUACAUAGUGACGGGCUCCGGGGACAAGAAGGCCACGGUGUAUGAGGUGGUGUACUGAGGGCCGGGACGAGAUGGGAAGGGACAGGACGGAGACUUUUGGGGUGGUUUUUUGGGGGGACAUGGGUUGGGGGAGGGGGGCAAGCAGUUGCCCUGCCAACCGCUCCAGAUUACCAUUACAUCAGCAACAGCAGCACUUCCGUCUCAGCUCUUGCUUUCUUUCCAAAGGACUGAGUCCUCCUGACCCUCACCCCUAAUACAUCACCCCCUCUCACCCUUUUGCUGUGAUAUAAGCUACUGUGGAAGCUCCCAAUGCCCCCUCCCUCCUCCUCCUUUCCACUUUUAGCCCAAGGAUGAGGCAUGAUAGGAGAGAGAGAGGUAGAAGGGGAAGCAGCGAGAUAAGAAGGACAAAGGAAGAGGGCGGUGGUGCAUAAAGAGAAAGACAAGAAGGAGGAGAGAAAGUUAGAGUGCGGAAGGAAAAUAAAUGAAAAGGAGGAAGAGGAGGAGGAGGAGAAGGAGGGAGGCAGGGUAAUUAGGGCUGUUUCCUGAUUAAGAGCUCAGUGGAAGGGAGGCCCCCAGAGGAGGCGCAGAGCGGCACUGUGGGAGCGCCAGCCAGGAGCACUGAUACCACACAAUCGAUUCAUUAGCCAGACAGUGGAAGCCUUAAUGAGGCUGACGCCGCAGCUCGCUCUCCCCAGCGAGAGGUGUCAGGAGCUGGGGAACGAUGACGCUCCGAGAUGGAGGGGCGGAGGGGGCCGCUUCAGAUAUCCACAUACACUGUCAUGAAACAUAGACCUGCUCACACACACACAUAUAUACACACACACACACACAAGGCGCACGUCAUUGGGCAAGAGUAUACGCACGCACACACGCACACACAUAUAUACCCCCUUGAGGUAAUCGCAGGAAGAGAGAAACACACACACACAACACACACAGAGCACCCAAUUAAACAUUCAUCGCUGCGCUUCCCGUCUCACUGCUUAAUAUCUAUUUUAUUUUGGUCUGACAAAGGCAGCGUCUAAUGAGCAGCCGAGUCAAUGGGAUUCUCCCAGGGCCCAGAGACACAAACAGAGAACAUCAGCCGAGCUGUUCCCUCUAAUUCCUCUGGAUUGUUCUCCUGACACCGGGCGCUGCACUCACUCUCAUUAAAGGCACUGUCAGCUAGAUGAAGUAGCAGCACGCAAACUUCACUGUAAGGCAGACAAGAGGGCAAAUUAACACGACCCGAUUACGCUAUCAUCAGCAGCCAACUAAGCAGCAACUAAUCCGAUACCUUUCAAAUUUUAUGCAACUAGUUGCUGUUUUCAUUUGCAAACCAGAUGAGAUUACGUGUUUCUCAGAGUCAUCAUCUCCAUCACUGCCUGCUGAUGUGCUAGUGUUCAAAGUGCUCUGGUUAAAAUCUUGUUUGAUAAGCUAUUGAUUGCUAUUAAUUGAGAUGCUAAACCACCUUAAACCUGAUUCUUUCUUUUCAGUCCUCCUUGUAUCAUAUUCCAAACCGGCAGGCAAACUGUAUAUCAGAGCUCUCCGCUUCUUUAGAACAUGCGUCACCAAUGUGUACAUCUAAAAAGGCACAUUUCAAGCUUUUUUUUUCUUUUUAAUACCCAUUUAUUUCAGUAUUUUUUAUGAAUAGUGAUUGCUCGUCUUACGUAAUAAUAUGUUUAUUGUAUUGGGGUUUGCCUAUGACUGCGUUUCUGGGGGGAGCAAACAGAGAGGGAUGCGCACACACAUGCAGACGUAAAAUCAAGUGGAACACAGGUGGGAAAAAUUAUUUUUGUUCUUUUAAUUUUUUUUUUUUUUCUUUUGUAUUAUUUUUGGUUAAAUCAGUGUAUCUUUAUCCUUGGUGAUAGUGACAGGCAGAGAGGGUGUACAACAUCAGCAGUCCAGUGUAAAGAAAAAAAAACAAAGACCCUACAUUUGGGAGAAAAGUUCCUCCGUCUACCGUUUGCUGUUUUUGUUUUUAUCCCCCUUUUCCAAAACUAAGUGGUAGUAAGCGUACUUUAGUCUGUUUUCAGUCCUUAUUGUGUAAUUAUACUACGUUUCUGUUGAGUCUGUGGUCUGUGUACAGCAGGCGAUGGCGAUACAGAUUUAGCCAUCGAAGAGGUCCCACUUUUUACUGCAUGCUUGUUGCACUACGGCUCCACUUCUGCUGAUAGAACGAGAUAAAUCUGAUUUUACUCAAUGGUCUCACAGCCACAAGCUUCACAGGAGGAUGAAUUUUACAUUACAGUAUGCAAUUUAGUUCUGUUGUAUAAAAUUUUAGCAAGAUUUGUCUGUUUCUCACUGCAGCGUUAAUGCAGGAUUGGAGAAUUACAAGGGGACUUCUACAAUGGCUCAGAGAUAAUCUGUACAGUUCAAUGCCUUUCCCUGCCUCUUUCCCUUCCUGUCAGCCACAGGCAGACCUAAACAAUAUUCUCAUACACAAGCUUGUAUACUACUCAGAAUGAUGCUGUAUAAUGGCUAUGCAUUUGGUGGUAUAGCGUGAAUAUUUGGGACAUUGUAUUUGAUACUCUUCUUUAACUGUCAGUAACGUCUCUCCCCUGCCUGUGCUUUCUCUGUUCCAACAGUAAAAAAAAAAAAAAAAAAACACUUUUUUUUUCUCUCCGUUUCACAAGCUCAUGUUUGUUUCUCCUUUAAAAAGCCAAGGAACUUUUUUUUUAAUGCACUGUGUCUUCCCUCCUAAUGUGUUUCCCAAGUGCUGUACAAGAAAUACUAUGUGUGAAAAAUAAACCAAACUUGUGUUCAUCCUUC